AUGGCGGCCAAAUGGGCCGAGUUUCAAAUACCCUCUCUCAGUGACGCUGACGACCUCCCAGGUACGCGGCACACCACAGUGACGACAGCACAGCAUGCCAGCUUUAAAGUCAUUCCUCAAGGCGGUGCUCACAGCAUCAUGGCGGCCAAAUGGGCCAAGUUUCAAAUCCCCUCUCUCAGUGACGCUGACGACCUCCCAGGAACCCAUGCCCCUACCUCCUCCCCUCUGACCGCUCCAUCCUCUCCCUCCUUAUAUGGCGUGGUGAUUCAGAUUGUGGCGUCGGACUGGUCCGUGGUGGCAGCACCUGAGGGCGACUGGAGCCAAUUAGUGAAUGGCGUGGUGAUUCAAAUCGUGGCGUCGGACUGGUCCGUGGUGGCAGCACCUGAGGGCGACUGGAGUAAACCGUUGGGAUUGGAGAAGGCGGGAGGGAAGGAGGGCAGCAGGGUGGGAGACGUGUUCACCGUUGUUGUUGUCAAGACUGCUGAACCCAACAGGGAAGCCGCAUCUCGCUCCCUCUGGAACAUGUUUGGCUUUUCAGCUGCUUCCAACAAAACCCAAUCAGUCUGGGGGAGGAAGCAGGAGGGCGGCUCAGACGACGAGGAGGAAGGAGCAGAGGGAGCGGAGGGAGCGGAGGAAGCAGAGGUGGAGGAGAUGGAGGUGCAUGUGUCCCUGAGGGCUCCCAACGGCUGUGUGCUGUCGGCACAUGAUGACGGGUCGCUCCGGGCAGAUACGCCGACAGAUGCCGCCCUGCUGGACUGCCACGUGUUCCGCGUCACCAGGAAUGUCCGCUCAGGGAAAUUCGCCUUUUAUUCUAUGAGCAAUGAGCGCUACCUACGGGCGCUGCAGCCAUCGCUCCUAUUCACAUCCAUGGUGCAGGGAGAGGCAGAGACCUUCUCCAUCCGCCGCCUGGACAUGCUGCCCAAGUUCCUCGGAGUCAACCUGGGCGGCUGGCUUGUGGCAGAAGCCUGGAUGUGCCCUCCUGCUCUCUUCGACGGGGUCUUUACUGACCUAUUGGACGGCACGUCCAUCCAGCUACAGUCCGUGGACAACAAGUGGGUGGCAGCGGAGGGAGGGGGCGGCGACCAGCUCAGGGCCAAUAGGGACGCUGCUAGCGCAUGGGAGACGUUUUUUCUUCGCCGGGCAGACCACGGCGCGUUUUUCAUCCGGGCGGGCAGUGGGCACUUUUGGAGCGUGGAUGCUGCAAGUGGCGAGGUGUUUGCCAACAAGGAGGACGAGGAGGAGGGCGAGAUGUUCUGGGUGCGGCACAAGCUAGGAGAGGAGGGUACGGUGCAGCUGAGAGCGGCCAAUGGCAACUGGGUGCAAGCGCUGGACGACGGCAGGCUUAUAGCGGAUAUCGAUGAGGAUGCCCCCAGAUGGGACACCACGUGCACAUUCACUCUCAGCAAGCUAGCAGACAUGGGGGGAGAGGCACAGCUGAUGCUGGCUCUUGGGCGGGAGGAGGCGGAGAGGAGGCUGCAGCAGCACCGGGAGGAGUGGGUGGGGGAAGGUGACUUUGAGUGGCUGGCGCGGCAAGGGGUGAACGCAGUGCGGAUACCCGUGGGGUGGUGGGUCGCUGUCGACCCCACACCGGAAGAGUUUGUUGACGGAGCACUUGAGCUGCUGGAUAAGGCACUGGACUGGGCGCACACAAACAGCAUCCGCGUUAUAGUGUGUCUGCACGCGGCCCCCGGGUCUCAAAACGGGUGGGAGCACAGUGCGAGUCGAGACGGCAUUCCCAUGUGGGGCAAGCCCGGCACGCCCUACAUGGAUGAGACGGUUGACGCCGUCCGCUUUCUCGUGCAACGGUAUGCCUCGCACCCAGCCUUUGCAGGGCUAGAGCCAAUCAACGAGCCGAGGGCCGAUGCAGUCUCGUUUGACGACCUCGCACGCUACUAUGAGCGGUGCUAUGCGGUGCUGAGGGAACACUCGCCCUCCGCCUACUUUGUCAUUUCUGGGAGAAUUUUUGCCAACGAGAGGGAGUGGGACGACUUUAUGACGAGUGCGCAGUACACGAAUGUGAUCUACGAUGCGCACUGGUAUCAGGUGCACGACCACGCCGAGUUUGGAUCCCAGUCGGUGGACUUCAAUCUGCAGUACCCCUCGAAGCAGCGUGCUGCUGCGCUCAGCCUGCUGGAAAGAGGACAGCGGCUCGUGUUUGUGGGAGAGUGGUCUCUGGCUCUGCUAUGCGACACAAGCGACGACAUCAACACUCGUUUCGCCAAAGCACAGCUACAGGCAUACCUCGCGUCAUCUUCCGGUUCGUUCUUCUGGUCGCUGAAACACGGGCAGGGGUGGGACCCCUGGAGCUUCAAGGCUAGUGUGGAGCGCCGGUGGAUGACCUCUGCUCUCUGGCCCUGGUCCCGCUCCCCGCUGCUUGCAUCCUCUCCUGGGGCUGCGGCUUCUCCAAAGAGACUUUCCGAGGUGCUUCAACAGGAGAAACCGCAACAGCAACUGCAGCAGCAGAAACAGCAACAACAACAGCAACAGCAGCGGCAGCAGCAGCAGCAGCAGCAGCAGCAGCAGCAGCAGCAGAAGGGGCUGGAGCAACGGCUUUCACAUGACCCGGCGAAAGUCACCAAGCCAGCCGUUUCAGCCGCUCAACGCCUCGCGGAGAACGCCAAUCGGCUCCACAAUCUUCUCCUGCAGCUCUCCACAGCUCAGACAUUCGACGAGAAAGACGCAAUCCUGAGCGCGGACCCGCGGGUGCGCGCAGUCUUCCCCCAGCAAGGCUCCUCCCUCGGGAAAUUCGUCAAGCCUGCUGUUUCGAUGGCCAUGGAUUGUUGCAGUCAGGAGGAAAUUUACCUGCUCAAGUGCCUGGUGGCGUCCGGGCAAGAGCAUUUGUUGGACACUCCGGUUGCCUGGGCUGAAGGGAUGGACUCUAUCUGGGAAAAGGCGCAUUGCCAGAGCAGCGCCAAGGCAGAGUCAGGAGGAGUUGGCGGAGGAGGAGGAGGAGGAGGAGGAGGAGGAGGAGGAGGAGGAGGAGGAGGAGGAGGAGGAGGAGGAGUGAAGGAAGCCUUUUCUAUGCUCGCUUCCAUGAUCGACGGCUGGGACACGCACCCAGACGCCCCCCGGUCCGCGCUUCCCGCAUUCCUCGCCGGGUUCGACAACCCCGGCGUGUUUCCCGCUCCGCUUAUGGACCUCAUUGACUGGGAAGACCGCCGAUCGGCGCACGGCCCUUCAGCUGCUACUAGUGAAUGUGCGGCGAGCUCUGGAGGGAAAGGAGAUGGGCAGCCGUUUUCGUCUCGGUCGUCGACGCUGCUCGCGCAGCUGAAGGAAGGGCUGGAGUAUCCGAGCGUGUUCGGCGCUCCGCUGUUGGACCUGGCAGCGUUUUGGGGCCUUGAGGGGCUGCCUGCAAUGGCGGAAAUAUACCCCUUGGGAGGCGCGGGGGACAGGCUAGGACUGGUGGACGAGGCAACAGGGGAGAGCCUGCCUGUGGCAAUGCUGCCGUACUGUGGCCGCACGCUCCUGCAUGGGCUUCUGAGAGACCUGGAGGCGCGAGAGUAUCUGCAUUUUCGUGUGUUCGGCCAGCACCACGUGACGCCAGUGGCCAUCAUGACCAGUGCGGCCAAGAAGAAUCACCAGAGGGUGCUGGCUCUGCUGCAGCAGCACAACUGGUUCGGGCGGGGCGAGCACAACUUCCGCCUCUUCCAACAGCCGCUGGUCCCAACAGUAGCAGCGGAGGAUGGCAGGUGGCUGGCGAGCGGCCAUCUCUCGCCCGUGCUCAAGCCAGGCGGCCACGGGGUCAUCUGGAAGCUAGCAGCGGACGAGGGCGUGUUUGAGUGGCUGCGCUCCAAGGGUCGCAAGGCCGCAGUGAUCAGGCAAAUCAGCAACCCAUUGGCAGCAACAGACAUGACUCUCCUCGCGCUCUCUGGCGUUGGCCUGCACGGCAACAAGAAAUUCGGCUUUGCGUCGUGUGAUCGCAACGUGGGCACAUCAGAGGGUGUAAACGUGCUGGCAGAGCAGCAGCAAGCGGACGGGUCGUGGGCGUACGGGCUGACAUGCAUCGAGAAUGUGGGCACAGCAGAGGGUGUGAACGUGCUGGCAGAGCAGCAGCGGGCGGACGGGUCAUGGGCGUACGGGCUGACAUGCAUCGAGAAUGUGGGAACAGCGGAGGGUGUGAACGUGCUGGCAGAGCAGCAGCAGGCGGACGGGUCGUGGGCGUACGGGCUGACAUGCAUUGAGUAUACCGAGUUUGAGAAACUCGGCAUCAGCGACGCGCCUGUGGCUCCUGGCAGCAGCCGGUCAAAAUACCCUGCCAACACCAACGUUCUCUUUGCUGACCUGCACGCUGUUGAGAUGGCUGUGUUAGGCAAGACUGUCGUGUGGUUUCUUUCUUUUCCUGUCUCUCGCCAUCCUGUCUUCACACCAUCCGAGGAGGCCGAUUGGAAUGCACGAUGCAGAACAUCGCUGAUCUCCUCAUCACCUCUCACUCAUACCGCCUGCCUCUGGUUUGGACUACCGACCGCGUCACUCAUUCCUGACCUCUCUCUUUCCCUUCACUUCACUCUCUGGCUUUGCAGCAUUCGAGGAGGCCGAUUGGAGUGCACAAUGCAAAACAUCGCGGAUCUCCUCGUCACCUCCCUCCCGUACCGCCUGCCUCUGUUUUGGACUACCGACCGCACCAUCCGAGGAGGCCGGCAGGAAUGCACGAUGCAGAACAUCGCGGAUCUCCUCGUUACCUCUCACUCAUCCCCCUGGAUUUUUUUCCAUCCCGUUCCCUCCCUGCCCUUGCUGUGCAGCAUCCGAGGAGGCCGAUUGGAUCUGCUUUUGAGUCGACUCAAAACCACCCCCGGCAUCCAAGGAGGCCGAUUGGAGUGCACGAUGCAGAACAUCGCUGAUCUCCUCGUCACCUCCCUCCCAUACCGCCUACCUCUCGACAUGGAUACUGCCACCGCUGCUACUGCUGCUUCCUCAAUUUCUCCAACCCACAGUGGUGAAGCCACUGCUCAGGAGGGCAGGGAGGGGCGGGGUGGAGCACAGGUGCAGGGCGAACGGAGUGCAGCUGCAGUGGACAGUGGGACAGAGGGGAAUGCGGCAGAGCACAGCAAGCAUCAGCUACAGGCGGUGCUGGACACGUUUCUGGUGUUCAACGACCGCUGCAAAGUCACCUCCUCCGCCAAGCGCCGGCGCAAGCCCACAGACACGUCCCUGCAUCAGACUCCAGAUGGCUCCUUCCUUGACCUCAACCGCAACUCGCUGGAGCUCUUCUCGUCCUGUGGUGUUGCCAUGCCGCAUAUGCACAGCGAUCACAAGCGCUACGUGGACUCAUCUCCACCGUUCAUCUUCCUCUUUCACCCCGCCCUCGGCCCGCUCUGGAGCGUCAUUCGGCAAAAGGUACAGGGAGGCUCUGUGGCGCCACAGUCUGAAGUGAAGCUGGAGAUAGCUGAGCUUGCGUGGUCUGACGUACAUGUAUCUGGGAGCUUGUUGAUCGAGGCCGAUGCAGUCACAGGCUCUAGGGAUUCCCACUCCAGCACCACACAGCUAGGCCAAGGCUGCGGUCGGUGCCGGUUACACAACGUGACGGUUACCAACAGGGGAGUGGACUGGGAUAACGAGGCAAACGUUUACUGGCAGGACCGGGUGCAGAGGAAGGAGGCGUUGAGAGUGGUGCUGCGCGGUGAUGCAGAGUUCGAGGCGAGGGAUGUGGCGAUUGUGGGCGAUCAUGUGUUUGACGUACCAGAGGGGCACCGAAUGGUCGUGUUUGCAUCGGAAACAGGAGCCAUGCAAACAAGGCUGGAGAAGCUUCCUGGCAGGAGGCCUACCUGGGAGUGGCAGUACUCUGUGGGUGACCAUGGGUCCCUCCAGCUCACCCUGAUUGAAACUUAG